GCGCAGGCGGCGGCUCUCAGUGGGCUGGCCCGCUGGAGAAAGUGUCGUCCGCUAGCCCCAAGAAGGAGGGAGGAUGGUCGGGCUCCUAACUCCCAGGGAGUCCGCAAAGUUCAUCGCGGAAAACAGUCGAGAUGUGUUCAUCGACGACGCGGGCGUGCGGAGGGUGGCCGAGCUACUGCUCGCCAAGGCCUCGGGGCCGGAGCUGCGCCUGGGAGGCUGGAAGGCCCUUCACGAGCUGAACCCCAGGGCGGCCGACGAGGCCGCGGUCAACUGGGUGUUCGUUGCAGACACACUCAACUUCUCCUUCUGGUCGGAGCAUGAUGAGCACAAAUGUCUGGUGGGGUACAGGGGGAGAAUGUACAGUGGGUACUGGUCCCUGUGCGCCGCGAUCAACAGAGCCCUGGACGAAGGGAUACCAAUAACUAGUGCUUCGUACUAUGCCACAGUGACCCUGGAUCAGGUUCGGCAUAUACUCCGUUCUGACACGGAUGUUCCCAUGCCUUUGAUAGAAGAGAGGCAUCGGAUUCUCAAUGAAACUGGGAAAAUUUUACUUGAGAAGUUUGAAGGCUCUUUUCUUAAUUGUGUCCGAAAAAGUGAAAAAAGUGCACAGCAGUUAAUGCAACUGGUAGUUGAAAGCUUUCCCUCUUACAGAGAUGUGACUGAAUUUGAGGGGAAAAGAAUUUCUUUUUACAAACGGGCCCAAAUCCUUGUGGCAGACACGUGGAGUGUGUUGGAGGGAGAAGGAGAUGGCUGCUUUAAGGACAUCUCUAGUAUUACCAUGUUUGCUGACUAUAGAUUACCUCAGGUUCUUGUUCACCUGGGAGCACUGAAAUACUCUGAUGAACUACUGCAGAAGCUUCUCAAAGGAGAAAUGCUCUCGAAUGGGAAUAGGCAAGAGGUGGAAAUCAGAGGGUGCUCACUUUGGUGUGUUGAGCUGAUCCGGGAUUGUCUUCUGGAGCUUAUUGAAAAAAAGGGUGAAAAAACUAAUGGAGAGAUCAAUUCCAUUCUUUUGGAUUAUUACUUAUGGGACUAUGCCCGUGAUCACAGAGAAGAUAUGAAAGGAAUUCCAUUUCAUCGAACACGUUGCAUAUAUUACUGACCCAAAGUGUAAAUUGAUCCAAAGAAAACUCUUGCAUUUUUAUAUCACGUAAUCAUUUAUACAAUUUCACUUUGGUAUUAAGAGAAGGUGGUGGGGCCCUGGCUGGUUUGCUCAGUGGUUAGAGCGUCGGCCUGCAGCCCGAAUGGUCAGGGGUUUCAUUCCCCG